GUAGGGUAGCGCAGUGCAUAGGCAAUUGAAGAAAUACCCAUACUUUUCCAACAACCCAACGCACAGGAUCGAUCAAGAUGGUCUUCAUUCUAGGCGUGAACUUCCCCGAGCGAAACCUCGUCAAGAAAUCGCUCGAGUCCUUCUUCGGCAUCGGUAAUCUUACUUCGACCCGCCUACUUGCCCGCUUUCACAUUCACCCAACAUGCAAGGUUGGAGAUUUGGGAAACAAGCAGGUCCUUGAUAUCACGGCCGCCUUGUCCGACAUGAAGAUUGAGAACGACCUCCGGAGACAAUACCUUGAUAAUAUCAAGCGACUGAAGGAGACGGGUACUUACCGCGGUCGGCGUCAUGCGCUCGGUUUGCCCGUUCGGGGACAGCGGACGAGGAGCCAGAUCAAAACCGCUGUUAAGCUCAACCGCAUGGAGAGAAGAGUGUAAGAUUGAAAUGAUGGUUCUAUUAUUGCCCCCAGCGGGUCUUGCGUCCGAUUUCGUUUUAGUAGGGGCAUGGAAUGGCGUUAAAUUUUGUUCUUGUACUCUAGUGUCCUGGCUUGAUGAUCUCUUCCCCCGAGAUGUAUUUUAUGUAGACAAUGAAACAUCUGAUCGAAG